AUGGCCCUGGCCAUGCUGCUGGCCGGGACGGGAGCACGGCCGACCAUGCGCUUGGAUGCCGUUGGGAACUUGCGCAUCGACACCGGUCCGACCGAGACGGCUGCCAGCGUCUUGCUCAACGGCGUCGAUGCCGUUGGGGCCCUGACCACCCUGCGGCGGGCGAUUGCUAAUCUGGGCGGCCACAUCAUCGAGCCUGCUCCCCUUAUCAAGGAGCCUGUCGAGGCAGCCAAGGCUCGCUUUGCCCUGAAUGAGUGUGGCCAUCUCGUCCUCAACAGCAGCGCGGGCCGAGGCGUUCUGUUGAAUGGGAUGGACGUCCUGCACGAGCUGACGCUCCUCCAGCAAGCCACAGAGGCCCUAGCGUCGAGUGCUGCGAUCGAGACGGCCUCCACGGCCUCAAGCGCCUCGGUGGCGCCUGUUUCCGCUUCCUGUUCUAAGCUGAUGGAUGCGAGGGCCGAAAAUUCCAUCACGGUCGACUCUGUGGGCAACGUUCAUCUCAAUUCGAGCGGGAUGCAGGCCAUAUGGCUGAAUGGGCUGGAUUUUCUCAGCGCGCUGACCGAGCUGCAAGCCGCGGUCACCCGUCUGGAGCAAGCCACCACGGCGUCUCCGAGCACCUCACCGGUCCCCGUCCAUGUCCAUGUGGGCAACGUGGGCUGUGACCUGUCCGCAAUCCCGCCCACCACUGCCACCAUCCAGGGGAACCUGAUGCUCGACCAAUGCGGGGACGCGUUCACGGGGGCCGGGAUGAUGGUCUUGAGCCACCUCCAGCGGGUUGAAGGGUCUGUAUCCAUUUCGGGCAAUGCUGCUUUGACCCACGUGGAUGGUCUGAGCAACCUCUAUUACAUCAGUGAUAGCCUGACGAUUGGCGAAAAUAUGCAGCUGACCGACAUUGAUGGCUUGAGUGGUCUCAAGUCUAUUCCUGGCCAUGUUUAUCUCUCCGUACGUCAGACGCAUCAUUCCGAGCUUUGCAAGGAAAAAGCCGGGACGCUCUUUGGAUGGAACAAUGCCCAGCUCACCAAUGUAUAUGGCUUGAACAAUCUCCACAACAUUAGCGGCAGCUUGCAGAUUAACGUGUGUACCUUUGUGACGAACAAUGACAACUUGUUGAACGUGGAUGGCUUGAACAAUCUCCACAUCAUUGGCGGCGGCCUGCAGAUCAACAACAAUGACAACUUGUUGAACGUGGAUGGUCUGAGAAACCUCAGCGCCAUUGGCAGCUUCUUGGCAAUUUCGGCCAAUGCCGUUUUGAGCAACGUCGACGGGCUUGGCAGUGUUACGAGCACUGGUGGUCGCUUGUAUCUCCAGACCAAUGUUGCCCUGUCCAAUGUUGACGGGCUUGGGAAUAUCAUCAGCGUUGGAGGUGACUUGAUCGUGCGGGGUAACGUCGCCUUAUCCAAUGUGAAUGGGCUCAUGGGCCUCACAAACGUUGGUUACCUCUUCUUCCACUACCAUGCCAGCUUGACCAAUCUUGAUGGGCUGGGAAGGCUCACAAGCGUUGGUGACUACUUGAGCAUCAAUAACCUUGGCGCCCUGACCGAUGUGGAUGGGCUUGGAAAUCUCACAGCCGUUGGUGGCUCCUUGGCCAUCUUUUCUAAUACGGCCCUGAGCAAUGUGCAAGGGCUUGCAAGUCUUACAUCCGUCGGAGCCGACGUUCAAAUUUGCUCGAAUCCUCAACUAGACCUAUUAUCGGUGCCUGCAUCGGUUCUGUCGCUUGGCACCUGCCAGGUUAUUGGCGGAACAUGCAGUCCCUGUUGA